AUGCCUCCUACUGCUGGCGGCGCCACUGCUGCCUUCCGGUCUGGCGGUGCUCAAGAAGCGCGCCAGUUCGAGGGUGCAACAGGGGAACAGGGCCGAAACAGCCCCCAGCCUUCCAACCCCGACCGUGAUGGCGCGGAUCCCGACAAGUUUAAGGAGCUCUUGACUAAGUAUAAGAACGUGAAGCGCCUGUACUUUGACGGCAAGACGCAGAUCGACAACCUCAACUCUCAAAUCGAGCAACUACAGAAUGCAAUUGCAAACCAGCGAAUAUCACAGUCGCGCACCGCUCUUGACGAUAGCGAGUACAUAACAAGAUUCAACCGUCUCAAUGGUGCUAUCAACAACCUCUCAUUCAACAUCCGAAAGGACUGGCGUACAGUACCGCAGUGGCUGGACAUGUUUGUCAGUAUUGAUGCGCUCAAGACCGGAAAGCAGGAGAUGACGGCAGUCGGACGUGCUGUCAUUACAAGAUGGAUUGUAGAAGAGAUCUUCAACAAGUGUUUCCAUCCUGGCCUCAACUUCGAGCUCAGCCGGCAUCUGAAGGAGAUCGAGCUCAAUAUCCGGCGCUUCUCCUAUACAAUGACCAGCCAAGAAGAGUUCGAUGCCCUGACGAGCAAGGUUGUCAGCUGGCGGAUGGCCACGCUGGAGGGUCUCCAGAGGGUUCUGAACUCGCCGGAAAGUGCAGACAACAGGGCGGACUUCACCCCGACGUUGUUCCAGUACAUGACAGACCCGCCGCCCGCCGGCGUUGACGGCAGCGCCUCUAUGAUUGUGGAGUUGGCUGUCGGCAUCGCUGCCAACCUUCCGCUAGAAAGCAGAGAUGUUGCGAUCAACUACCCCUUGCCUGGAGAUCCUGUCCAAUUGAACAUUAUGGACGUGGAAAAGACCCCACUCCCGCCUUUGGAUAUCCCCAAACCCGAUGGCGAUGCAGAGGGUGACGAGGGAGACAAGGACAAGAACGGGAAAACCCAGCGGGCUGACAAGACCAAGAGCGCUCUCCCAUCCAAAGACAGCAACACUGUGCGGCUUGCAGGCUUCCCAGCUGUGGAAGUCAGGGGUCGCCAGGUUCUUGUGAAGGCAACUGUGUGGACGAUUUGA